AUGAACGUGGAGCGGACGAUCUCGGCGAGGCGUGUCGAGGUGAAGCCUUCGCCGUCUUCACUAUCUGCGACGGUGACGGCGACUGCCCCCCGCGUCGUUACGCUGCAUGAACGAUUCUCGCAAUUGCCCAAGGUCGAGCCCAAGAGGGCAGAGGUGGCAGAUUUGAAUCUGUUCCAGGAGGCGGGGAUUAGGUCUAGACGGCAGGCGACGGAGCAGCGCCAGAGCACUCAGCGCGAAAUUGCUGUAGCGGCGAGGCGGUCGAUAUCGACCACCUGGACUCCUUCAUUCGAUGAUGACAACGACAACGGUGAUCGCCGUGGCAGGCAAUUCGAAUUCGAUCAGCCGCGCGAGCCCGCCUUCGUCAUCAAGGGCAUCCCGCCCCCGCAGCCUUCAUCCAGACAGCAGCGCGCCGUAAUGGUGCAGCACCAGCAGCAAACCGUCACAACGAGAUCCGCUCCUCGCGGUGGCCGAUCCACCGUCACUCGAGGCGGUCGCGUCGUCGCAGCCCUGCCGCCCGCGACGAGGGGCAACAACAACAGCAACAGUCAGAGAAUCGUCAACGCUCGCGGAGGCCGUGCCAGUCGCGGCGCCGGCGUGGCAGCGCCGGGCAACAACCAGCGCAGAGCGCCGGUGACGGCCGUCGGCGCGCGAGGCGGACGAGGCGGAGCAGCGGUGCGUGGCGGCGGCGCCGGCCGAGGCGGAGCGAGAGGCGGCAGGGCGGCGGCGGCGAAGCCCGCUUCGAAGGACGUGCUCGACGCCGAGCUGGAUUCGUACAUGCUGCAGACGCCUGAGUCAGCCAAGAGCUACCUCGAUCAGCAGCUCGAGGACUACAUGCACGCGCGCGAGCAGGAGUCAUCGGCGUCAUCGUCGUCUUCUUGA